GGUGCUCAAACCUCCGUUUCAACUGGGAGUCUGCGUUCAUGCAUCUUCAUGGAGAAAAGCAAAGCCUGAUUGACUGCUUUGUUUGCACUGUCCAUUCAUUUGAUCCCCCUCUGCUUGACAGUUUAGCUCCUGGGCCAGUGACGUUGGUUGGAGUGAAGCUGGGCUGACCUCUGCGCGCUUCACAUGCUAAAACUCCCCCUCCUCCAAGCUCAGGUCUGUCUCUCUCUUAAAGGGGUGCCUGAGGUCAACUAUAGCCUUUUAAGUUUGAUGCUACUUGUUGUUUGGUGACUUCCUUCAGUUUCCCAGAGGCACUCGCCGCUUCACCACGCAAUGAAACGACAUGGCAGCGCUCACAUGCCCUGAGGACGACAAACUUAAUCAUGGCUCUGCUUCAACAAGAAGAGACCCUCCAGUUGAAUCCAAAGCUCUAUACCUACCAACUGCCUUUCAGUACAAUGUUUCCACAGACCACAAACUGGAUAUCGCGGUCUCGCCUCUCCUCCUAGCUGGCGCCCUCCCAUCGCCCUUGAGCUUCGCCUCCGACACAAAGACCUUUUAUACUGCCUUCGAGGUGACCAACAUCUCUCCUCGAUCACCGACCUUUCCUGAUUCUCAGAUGCCUAGUCCGCUGCUUGCCUUUUCUAGAGAGUGUGUUCACGACCAGGACGAUAUGCAGAGCCCGGUUGAACCACCCAGCCAGAACCCCUCUGCGGGCGAUGAAUUACCGGCCCCUUCAGGGCAGGAUCCAAAAAACGACCAUAAGUCUCGCCGAAAACUCGCAGAUUCUUCAAAAGAAUAUCGCCCGAGAACCCAAACACCAACCACAUCCAGAUCGUCUUCUGUAUCUGGUUCGAGAUCCGCGUCACGUCGCAACCAAUCUGCCUGCCAUCGCCACCCCCAUUCGUCGAAAACACAUUCAUCAAACCGCCGCUUCAAGCUCCACAGAGAGGAACGGGACUUGGUAGCGCUUCAUCGCGAAAGUUGUCGGUUGUUUGAGUCUUUCGGUGUCACACAAAAAUCAACAUCCCAACCGCCAAACGAUCUCCUGGACAGCGUGAUACCUCGGCCUACUCGUACCUCUACAGAACCUACGCAGCGUGGCCAUGCCACGAUAAGACAGCGGCUUCCAAGGAGAAAUUCAGCAGAAUCGCCGUCUUCCGUUCCACUUUUGCAUUCCAACCAACCACCAUUAUCACCGGCAUCGUCGGAAGAUCUUUCGCCAAACAUGGAGAAGUUACAUCACUGGGACCCAGUCCCUCCGCCCCAGCUGCCCGAUGACACACAGCCAUCAGGUAUCGUCCCGGCUUACAAAGUGAUACCUCCCACUGUGAUGCAUUGGACCUCUUCAUCGACUCGCAGGCGUGAAUACGAGAAGAUUGACCGUUCCUGUCGCGGGAUACGUGGGAUGUGGCGACGAUUCGCUCCAAAGUGGUGUCAAAGCAAGAGCCAGCGCAUCCCAUUUUUCGAUGAAACCAAAGGUGGGAAGCAGCUGUACGAAGGCAGUGUGCGACGGUUCAGGAUAGAUAUUCCCGAUGAAGACGUCGACGAAGGGCAGGGUCCACAGGUGAUUGAGAGUGAAUUGAAGGCCAAAUCUGGUUUCACGAAAACAAGAAUUUUGACGAGCGACGAUGAUUCUGACGAUUCCGCAACUCGGCACUGUUUCGGAUUCCGACGAAGUUCAAAAGCAUAGCCCCUUUUCUAAUCGUUUUAAUCAUUUUUGAUUUGUGUGUCUUUCAUAUCCAUGAGAUACCCCAAGCUGAGUACUAUCAUAGAGCGGUUGUUGUCUUCUGGCUUUUUGUUUGGGAAAUGUCAAUGUUAUCCUCUAUGUUGCACUAUCGCAGGAACCGACCAUCUACCAUUCAGUAUUCCUGCAUCUUUCAUUACUGCAUUACAUACCCACCCCUGCCCGGGGAAUGUUUUGUUGCAUGUUUACAGCCAUAUUGGCACGAGAUGCAUAUUUUGGAGUUCGCACACUGUUUCUCCCUUGGCUCUUUUCAGAAGACAGAGAAAGUGAGCGUAUAUGAAAUCACAUAUUUGGUUGCCAGAAUUGGCACCAUGAAUGAAUAUAAAUCAUAUAGUGAUAAAAAAAUAAAAUAAAAUAACAGCAAAUGACAAUAUGAAUGACC